UUGAGUUUCUCCAGCAAUGUCUGCUUUUCUUUCAGCUUGUCGGCUUCUGUAGUUUGUUCUUUUACAUUAAAGAAACAGUUGGCUGUUGUUCUAAUAUUUGCUCUGUUCUUAGUGUUGUAAAAAGAAAUUUUAGAUGGAAGAUUGUGGUUCAUGCUGCAGGCCUUCUGCUGGAACUGCAACCUGGAGGCCUUGGCCGAUUCUAGCGGUGACCAACAAAGAGAUCAUUGCCGGGUUACUCACCAGUUGACGGUUUGGCUCAGUUUUGACAGCUGCUAGUCCAGUGAAAGGGAUGGCAGAUCAGCACCUUUCUCAGCCCUACUGUUAAUGCUGAUUGUCACUGAGGUUGUGUAAGUGGGCGGAAAGUGAGGGAGGCAGUCCUUAGAUGUCAGGGAGAGCCCAGGUGAAAAAGAGAACUGGCCCAUGUCACAUAGCUUUGCAAUGUGUAGGUGGUAAACUCCCUCCCUGCCAUUUUCCUAAUCCUCCCACCUCCAAUUUAAUUGUCAGCGAAUGAUUGGCCAUGCAUUAACACACAGUCUUUAAUGGAAUAUUUCUUUUCCAAACAUUGGACUGUGCACUGCCGGUAAAUAUAUUGAAAAACUUGACUCUCUAACUCUGUUUGCAGUGUUAUUACAUGUCCCACCUCCCCGCAUCGCCCAAAAAAAUCCAGACCAUUGUGCUUUGAGAACUUGUGUGAAAGUUGAAAUCCCUUCUUCCUUGCAACUCCCCCAGCUCCUCUUCCAGACUCAACUCCUGUCACUUGCAAACCACCUGUUAGAGCUUGGAAGGGAAAAACAAAUCUCGAUCUAUUGUAGUUACAUACAUCAGAAAUGUUGCCUGUUUAACAAAUCCAGUUGAAUAGGACUUGAAAACUUGAGAGGGCUUGUCAUCUGAAGAGUGGUUGAGGGUUUUGGUUCUGUUUAGGAUGGAGUUUAGAAGGAUGGGAGGGAAUUUUAUUGGCACUUACAGAAUACUGAGAGGCCUGGAAGGAUUGUACAUGGAACAGAGAAGAUGUUUCCACUAGGAGGAGAGAUUAGGACAUGCGGGCACAGUCGCGGAGUGAAGAGGCCAACCUUUCGAACUAAGGUAAGAAAGAAUUUCUUCAGACAGGGAGUGGUUAAUCUGAGGAAAACAUUGCAGGAAGCCGACGUCAUUCGGACUAUUUAAGAUAGAGAGAGAGAUGGGUUCUUGAUUAAUAAGGGGAUCAAGGCUUUCAGAAGAAGGCUGGCGAUUGGGCUUCAGAAACAUCACAGCCAGAAUUGAAUGGCAAAGCAGACUGAGGAGGUCGAAUGAGCUAAUUCUGCCCCUAUAUCUUAUGGUCUUAUGGAUUUGACACUAAAUAUUUCAUUGGUCCUUUUGUGAUGAAGCCACUUCUGGGUGCAAGUGUUUUUUUAAAAUGUCUUUAGUUUUUGCCUUAUAUAGUCAGGAAGGCAAAUGUAAUGUUGGCAUUUAUUGUGAAAAGAUAUGAAUCUAAAAACAGGGCUGUACCUCUGAGGCUUUAUAAGGCUCUGGUCUGGCCGUACUUGGAGUACUGCGUGCAGACUUGGGCCCAUAUCUCAGGAAGGAUGUACUGUCCCUGGAACGUGUUCAGAGGAGGUUCACGAGAAUGGUCCAAGGAAUGGAAACCUUAAAAUAUGAGGAACGGUUGAUGACUCUGAGACUAUACUCAUUUGGAGUUUAGAAGGAUGAGGGGUGAUCUAAUUGAAACUUUCAGAACACUGAAUGGCCUCGACAGAAUGGUUGUUGGGAAGAUGCUUCCAUUGGUAGGAGAGACGAGGCUCCGAGGGCACAGCCUUAGAAUGAAGACAAGACCUUUUAAAUUGGAGAUUUGCAGAAACUUCUUCAGCCAGAGAGUUUUAAAUCUGUGAAAUUCACUGCCACAGAAUGCUGUGGAGGCCAGGAAAUUUAAAACUGAGACAGAUAGGUGCCUGAUUAUCAAGGGGAUCAAGGGCUAUGGGGAGAAAGCAGGAGAAUGGGGUUGAGGAACUUAUCAGCCAUGACUAAAUGGCAGAACAGACUCAAUGGGCCGAAUGGCCUAAUUUCUGCACCUAUGUCUUACGGUUUUGUGGUCUUAAAUAAUUGCAGGUCUAAAACCUUUGACAGCCCAAACUCUGAGAAAGAUGAAGAACCAAGUUCACCAAAAGAGACAGCAACAAUUUCAAAUUGCAGUUCUGGAAAUGUUGACAGUGCAAAUGGUGAGGAAAAUGGAAGUUGUGUUUCUUCAGGAUCCAGCGAAAUAAUUGCUGACAUCGGGAACAAUGAUAACAUUCUGAGCUGUGAGGAGCUUGAAAAUCCAAUUCCUCCAAAGACAGUUGCUGAGAUCAGAAAGUAAGUAUUGAUCCAAUAUGUGAGGAAAUGAUGCUUUAAUCGGAAUACAAAAAUAUGAAGGGCAGCUGCUGGAGGUCUGGCAUUUUCAGGAGCAUUACAUAGAGGCUAUCUCCCGAAACUUAGCAGCAUCUGUGGAGAGAAAGCAGAGUGGGCGCUUUGAGUUAAGGUUCCCCUGUUUAGAACUUCACACCUCUGAAGAAAUGUCACCUGGCUUCACUUGAACUCUGUUUUCUGUCUGUAGAUGCUGCAAAACCUGUAGAGUUUCUCCAGAAACAUCUGCCUUUCUUUCAGAUUGCCGGUGUCCAUAGUUUGUUUGUUUUUACAUUAAAGAAACAGUUGGCUGUUGUUCUAAUAUUUGCUCUGUUCUUAGUGUUGUAAAAAGAAAUUUUAGAUGGAAGCUUGUGGUUCAUGCUGCAGGCCUUCUGCUGGAUCUGAAACCUGGAGGCCUUGGCCGAUUCCAGCGGUGACCAAUACAGAGAUUGCUGCCGGCGUUACUCACCAGUUGACGGUUUGGAUCAGUUUUGACAGCUGCUGGUCCAGUGAAAGGGAUGGCAGAUCAGCAUCCUUCUCAGCCCAACUGUUAAUGCUGAUUGUCACUGAGGUUGUGUAUGCACUGUCCCUGGAACGGGUUCAGAGGAGGUUCAUGAGAAUGGUCCAGGGAAUGGAAAGCUUAAAAUAUGAGGAACGUUUGAGGACUCUGAGACUAUACUCAUUGGAGAUUAGAUGGAUGAGGGGUGAUCUAAUUGAAACUUUUAGAAUACUGAAUGGCCUGGACAGAGUGGAUGUUGGGAAGAUGCUUUCAUUGAUAGGAGAGACUAGGACCCGAGGGCCCACUUUUAGAAUAAAGAGGAGAUCUUUUCAAUUGGAGAUUUGGAGAAACCUCUUCAGCCAGAGAGUGUUGAAUCUGUGAAAUUCACUGCCACAGAAGGCUGUAGGGGCCAGGUCAUUGAGUACAUUUAAAACUGAGACAGAUUAUCAAGGGGAUUAAGGGUUAUGGGGAGAAAGCAGGAGAAUGGUGUUGAGGAACUUAUCAUCCUGACUGAAUGGCAGAACUGACUCAAUGGGCCGAAUGGCCUAAUUUCUGCUCCUCUGUCUUAUGGUCUUAUGGUCUUAAUGAAUUGCAGGUCUAAAACCUUUGACAGCCCAAACUCUGAGAAAGAUGAAGAACCAAGUUCACCAAAAGCGACUGCAGACAUUUCAAAUUCUGGAAAUGUUGACAGUGCAAAUGGUGAGGAAAAUGGAAGUUGUGUUUCUUCAGGAUCCAGCGAAAUAAUUGCUGAAAGAGAAGAAGGAACAAUCCAGAAUAAUUUUGAUUUGGAGGAGGUCCAACUUCAAAAGGAGCAAGAAGGCGUUUGCAGCAACUGUGAAAGUGUUGAGUCCAAACACUGUCCGAAUUCUGAUGAAAUUCAGAAUUUAAGUUCACCGGAGAAGGGAGCGACAGUCAAGAAAAGCAUAGACUUCAACAGAUCAAGCUUUCUAGAAGAAUAUAAUUUCAGUCCUGCAGAAAAGGAAACACUAAUGAAAAUUGCUAUUCCUGAAAUUCUCGAAAUCUGGCUGGAGGAGUCUGCCGAAGACUUUCGUCAAGUUCCAACUUACUCUUGUCUCCGGAAGGUACUUUCCUACUUGAACCAGACAGUGCCAGGGUCAGAUGCUGAACAUCGGGCCCAGAAACUCCUGAGUUGGUUUUUGGCGGAGGAAACAGCGGAGAAAGAGAUGUUUAAAGGCUACCGUAGAAGAGUCAGAUUCUAUGUGGGAGAAGAACACGACCAAACCAUCGAACAAGUUGACGAAAAGCUCCUGUCCUACCCAUCACGCUUCAUUGCAGAGCAGCUGACUUUUAUGGAUGCUGAUCUUUUUCGGAAACUUGUGCCCAGCCAAUGUUUAGGGUCCAUCUGGUCUCAACGAGGGAAGGAAGAAAAACAGCAUCUGGUAUCAACCGUCCAGGCCACCAUGACACAGUUCAAUAAUGUUACAAAAUGUGUCACCAGCACCAUAUUAAGACGCCAACAGUUGAAACCAUGGCAGACGGCUAAAAUCAUUGAGAAAUGGAUUGAUGUUGCCCAGGAAUGUAGGAUUUUGCAGAAUUUCUCGUCAGUGCAUGCUAUUACCACUGCAUUGCAAUCAAAUAGUGUGUUCAAUUUGAAGAAGACUUGGGCAGCCGUGUCAAAGAGCAGUAAGACAACAUUUGAAGACCUUUCAAACAAUGAAGAAGAUAACUUUGUAGCGAGUAGAGAGCUGCUAAUGGAGGAUAUCGUUCAGGGAAUUGUGCCGUACCUGGGAACUUUCUUAACAGAAUUUUCAGCACUGGAUUCGGCUUUCCCGAAUUACCAUUCAAAUGGCUUGAUCAACUUUGACAAGAGACAAAAACUCCUCUGAACUCGAGAAACCGCCAAAGCCCAAAAAGAGUGUGUUUAAACGCCUCAGCUGCCUGUUUUCAAAGAGAGGUGUUAAAAUACACAACACUCAAACUAAAAGCUCUGAG